AGAGGAGGAACAUCAUGUCAAAAUUGAGGAAAAAAAUCAUUUACAGACUGAUGGUAUUUUUAAAAGGAGAGACACAAAUCGCUUCACCUGCACUCAGUGUGGAAAGAGUUUUGGAAGAAAAGACAUUCUUAAGAUUCACAUGAGGAUCCACACUGGAGAGAAACCAUUCACAUGCUCUCAGUGUGGGAAGAGUUUCAACCGAUCAGAACACCUUAAUGAACACAUGAGGAUCCACACCGGAGAGAAACCAUUCACAUGCACUCAGUGUGGGAAGAGUUUUAACUGCUCAUCAAACCUUAAUAAACACAAGAGGAUCCACACUGGAAAGAAACCAUUCACAUGCACUCAGUGUGGGAAGAGUUUCAGUCAGUCAUUCAACUUUAAUCUACACAUGAGGAUCCACACUGGAGAGAAACCAUACACAUGCACUCAGUGUGGGAAGAGUUUCAGCAUAUCAUCAUCCCUUAAUCUACACUUGAGGGUCCACACUGGAGAGAAACCAUUUACAUGCACUCUGUGUGGGAAGAGUUUCAGCCAAUCAACAUCUCUUAAUAAACACAUGAGGAUCCACACUGGGGAGAAACCAUUCACAUGCACUAAGUGUGGGAAGAGUUUUAACUGCUCAUCAAACCUUAAUCGACACAUGAGGAACCACACUGGAGAGGAACCAUUCUCUUGCACUUAUCAGUGUGGGAAGAGUUUCAGCUGCUCAUCACACCUUAAUCAACACAUAAGGAUCCACACUGGAGAGAAACCAUUCACAUGCACUCAAUGUGGGAAGAGUUUCAGCCAAUCAUCACACCUUAAUCUACACAUGAGGAUCCACACUGGAGAGAAACCAUUCACAUGCACCCAGUGUGGUAAGAGUUUUAACUGCUCAUCGAACUUUUAUCAACACAUGAGGAUCCACACUGGAGAGAAACCAUUCACAUGCACUCAGUGUGGGAAGAGUUUUAACUGCUCAUCAAACCUUUAUCAACACAUGAGGAUCCACACUGGAGAGAAACCAUUCACAUGCACUCAGUGUGGGAAGAGUUUCAGCCAAUCAUCAUCCCUUUAUAUACACAUGAGGAUCCACACUGGAGAGAAAUCAUACACAUGCACUCAGUGUGGGAAGAGUUUCAUCCGCCCAUCAUCCCUUAAACUACACAUGAGGAUCCACACUGGAGAGAAACCAUUCGCAUGCACUCAGUGUGGAAAGAGUUUCAACCAACUAUCAUCCCUUAAUCAACACAUAAGGAUCCACACUGGAGAGAAACCAUUCACAUGCACUCAGUGUGGGAAGAGUUUCAGAUGCUCAUCACACCUUAGUGAACACAUGAAGAUGCACACUGGAGAGAAACCAUUCACAUGCACUCAGUGUGGGAAGAGUUUCAGCUUCUCAUCACACCUUAAGGAACACAUGAGGAUCCACACUGGAGAGAAACCAUACACAUGCACUCAGUGUGGGAAGAGUUUUUACUGCUCAACACACCUUAAUCAACACAUGAGGGUCCACACUGGAGAGAAACCAUACAAAUGCACCCAGUGUGGGAAGAGUUUCAGCCAAUUAUCACACCUUAAUAACCACACGAGGCUCCACACUGGAGAGAAACCAUUUUCAUGCACUCAGUGUGGGAAGAGUUUUUACUGCUCAUCACACCUUAAUGAACACAUGAGGGUCCACACUGGAGAGAAACCAUUUACAUGCACUCAGUGUGGCAAGAGUUUCAGCCAAUCAUCAAACCUUAAUCAACACAUGAUGAACCACACUGGAGAGAAACCAUUUACUUGCACUCAGUGUGGGAAGAGCUUUGUAUGCUCAUCACACUUUAAUCAACACAUGAGGAUUCACACUGGAGAGAAACCAUUCAAAUGCACUCAGUGUGGGAAGAGUUUCAGCAUAUCGUCAUGCCUUAAUCAACACAUGAGGAUCCACACUGGAGAGAAACCACUCACAUGCACUCAGUGUGGGAAGAGUUUCAGGCAAUCAUCAUCCCUUUAUCAACACAUGAGGAUCCACACUGGAGAGAAACCAUUCACAUGCACUCAUUGUGGGAAGAGUUUUAACUGCUCAUCAUACCUCAAUAAACACAUGAAGGUCCACACUGGAGAGAAACCAUUCACAUGCACUCAGUGUGGGAAGGGUUUCAGCCAUAUAACAUCCCUUAAUCAACACAUGAGGAUCCACACUGGAGAGAAACCAUUCACAUGCACUCAGUGUGGGAAGAGUUUCAGCCAAUCAUCAUCCCUCAAUCAACACAUAAAGAUCCACACUGGAGAGAAACCAUUUACUUGCACUCAGUGUGGUAAUAGUUUUAACUGCUUAUCACACCUUAAUCAACACAUGAGGAUCCACACUGGAGAGAGACCAUUCACAUGCACUCAGUGUGGGAAGAGUUUCAGCCAAUCAUCAUCCCUUAAUCUACACAUGCUGAGCCACACUGGAGAGAAACCAUUUGCUUGCACUCAGUGUGGGAAGAGUUUCAGCUGCUCAUCACGCCUUGAUCAACACAUGAGGAUCCACACUGGAGAGAAACCAUACACAUGCACUCAGUGUGGGAAGAGUUUUAACAGCUCAUCAGACCUUAAUAAACAUAUGAGGAUCCACACUGGAGAGAAACCAUUUACCUGCACUCAGUGUGGAAAGAGUUUUGGAAGAAAAGUCAAUCUUAAGUUUCACAUGAUGAUCCACACUGGAGAGAAACCAUUCACAUGCACUCAGUGUGGGAAGAGUUUUGGAAGAAAAGGGAAUCUUAAAUUUCACAUGAUGAUUCACACUGGAGAGAAACCAUUCACAUGCACUCAGUGUGGGAAGAGUUUCAACAAAUCAUCAAACUUUAAUAAUCACAUGAGGAUCCACACUGGAGAGAAACCAUUCAUAUGCUUUCAGUGUGGGAAGAGUUUCAACCAAUCAUCAGCCCUUAAUCUACACAUGAGGAGCCACACUGGAGAGAAACCAUUCACAUGCACUCAGUGUGGGAAAAGUUUUAACAGCUCAUCAAACCUUAAUCAACACAUGAGGAUCCACACUGGAGAGAAACCAUUCAUAUGCACUCAGUGUGGAAAGGGUUUCAACCAAUCACCACAUCUUAAUCUUCACAUGAGGAGCCAUACUGGAGAGAAACCAUUCACAUGCACUCAGUGUGGGAAGAGUUUUAUCUGCUCAUCAAACCUUAAUCAACACAUGAGGGUCCACACUGGAGAGAAACCAUUCACUAGUACUUAAGCUGCGG